UACGUGGAUAUGGCUAUCAGUGCCAUCAAAGCACUCAAAGAGCGCAACGGAUCCAGUCGUCAGGCGGUCCACAAGUACAUAUUGGGUCACUUCAGUGUGGGAACUGAUGUCAAAGCCGUCAACUCUCACCUCAAACAGGCCCUCAAGAGGGGUGUGGCCAGCGGUGCACUGAAGCACGUGAAGGGUCAGGGGGCGUCAGGGUCGUUCAAACUGGCCGAAGCAACUGCUGCUAAGAAACCCGCGGCUAAGAAACCAAAGGCCGCCUCAAAACCAAAGGGCGAGAAGAAGGCUAAGAAGGCCUCGAAUCCCAAACCCAAGAAGUCUUCGCCUAAGAAAGCGGCCAAACCUAAGAAGGCGGCCGCCAAGAAGGCCGCGGCGCCCGCAGCCGCUUCUGCCGCACCCGCAGCUGCCGCUCCUAAGGCCGCGGCG